UCACUCUUAGACCUUCAGACUUUAGCAGCAAAAGUUCCAAAACAAUCCAAGCGAUGGGAGAGUCUGCAGUUGACUCUGCUUUUGUGCAAGCUCUUGAGCACAGGCCUAAACCAACAAGAAUUGAAGAUGAAGGCAUCCCUCUGAUUGAUCUCUCUGUCCUAAACUCUCCUCACACUGAUGCUGACUUAGCACGCCUAGUCUCUGAGAUAGGUGAUGCAUCCCAGAAAUGGGGUUUUUUCCAAGUCAUCAAUCAUGGUGUUCCAUUGGAAUGUCAAGAAAAGAUCGAAUUGGGAUCAAGAAAAUUCUUUGCUUUACCCAAGGAGGAGAAGUUAAAGGUGCGGAGGACCGGAGCUGGCCUGUUGGGAUACGUAGACGCCGAGAAUACAAAAAAUGUUAGAGAUUGGAAAGAAGUGUUUGAUUUUGUUUUGAAGAAACCUACACUUGUUGCUGCUUCAGAUGAACCUGAUGAUGAAGAAGUCAGGGAAUUGACUAAUCAGUGGCCGCAAAAUCCUCCAGAGUUUAGGGAAGUUUGUGAUGAGUUUGCUCGUGAAGUGGAAAAACUGGCUUUCAAGUUAAUGGAGCUCAUAGCUCUGAGUUUGGGGUUGCCAAAGAAUAGGUUUCACGGCUUCUUUGAGGAUCAAACGACCCUUAUCAGGGUCAAUCACUAUCCACCUUGUCCUAGCCCUGAUUUGGCUUUGGGGGUUGGUCAGCAUCAGGAUGCUGUGGCUUUGACCGUUCUUGCUCAAGAUGAUGUUGAAGGACUUGAAGUAAAGAGGAAAACUGACGGACAGUGGAUUCUUGUGAAACCAACUCCUAAUGCUUAUAUCAUCAAUAUUGCUGACAUUAUCCAGGUGUGGAGCAAUGACAAAUAUGGGAGUGUGGAACACAGGGUGAGUGUGAAUUCUGAGAAGGAAAGGUUUUCCAUUGCAUUCUUCCUCAACCCAGCACAUUAUACUUGGGUUGAGCCCCUGGAGGAACUGAUCAACGAGCAAAAUCCUCGCAAGUAUAAGGCCUACAACAGCGGAAAGUUUUUCGCAGCACGCGGCAAAUUGAAGAAAAUUGAUGUUUGUCAUUUCAAGAUUGAUAACUAAGAAGCUGCUGUACUGGUGCUUGCUUGCCGUAAAACAUGUAAUCUGCUUUCAGCUUUUCACCCAGCCCUGGAAGACUACUUCUUCCGUAUAUGUAAAUGAAUGAAGAAUAAAACAGAAAUGCUGAAAUGUAGGAUCACCAGAUCCAACAUUAUGUCAAAUGAUAAUCGUAUUGUAUUUCUUGCA